AUGCCUAGUGAGGGCCUCCGUUUCCUCAGACGUGCGACGCAUAUCAUCCAGAACUUCGAUGUCGACCUCGAGGUUACGAAGCUUGCAAUAUUCUUGUAUGGUAAGCGGAACAUCGUUUGCCACGCAUGGAUAGGGAACCCAGUCGUUCAAAACGACUCCUGCAAGCUACGGGAUGAAAUUGAACGGGCCAAAGCUCGUCUUUCCGAGGCUCUGCCAGAGGCUCUGCUCCCUUACCGUGCCACCUGGGAACGGACCUUGGACCUCUAUGUCGAUACCCAAAGUUGGAUCGACCCCAGACCUGGCUCGCUGUCUGCACGUCCUUUGCCGGAACCCGACUUGCAUACCGGCCCGGGUAACGCACACCGUGCGUUCGAAAACAAAGUGUUUGAGUCUCGAGUCGACGCGUUCUUCCAGACCUCCAAGAAGAGGAUCCGGUCACCUCUCGUCCUAUUCUCGGUUCGACGCGGACGAGGCAUAGUGUGCCGGAUCCAAUUCCCUGCGUUCCUCGGAAAAGGCGCCGAACCUUGA